AAACAGGGCCCAGAAGAAGUCGAGCUUCGCGAUACAGCCUAGUACAACCAACGGGCAAAUCUACAACUGAAUAGGAGUUGUUCUUUUUCAUUUUGUUUCCUACGACUCCACUUCUUUCCCCCACCUCAUUUGCACCCUUUUUAUUUUACCCCAUUUACACUCAAUUAGGUUUCUCAAGGUCAAGACCCGAUUGUCCUCGUCGUAGUAAGUUUGCUACAAGAAAAAUCUAGAUCUACCUCUUGAUAUUGCUUCGACCACGGCAAUAAAAUUGUAAGUACAUUAUUGUCGAGCCUCCUGCAUAGCCAUAGGACCAAAAAUCAUGACGGCGUCCUCUACUGCACAGCAGCAGGCUGCGGCCAGCAACGGGUCCACCUCCAGUGGCUCCGAAAGUGGUGCGCACCACCAGCAGCACCAGCAGCAAGUCGUCACCUUUCUGAGAGGGACGGACAAGUUGAAGACGGGUUUGGCGGAGAUGCUAAAGGGGGGCGUGUAUGAAUUGCAAAAGUAUCGUACUCGUAUAAAGGCAUUACAAAUUUUCUUAGCAUGAGAAGCAAAACAUGUAGUGCGGAUUUACCUUAAGAAAAAUAUUUGUAAUGCAAGACUUGCAUGUAUACGAAUACGAGAUUUUUGCACAGGAUAGCGUGAUCAUGGACGUGAUGAACGUGGAGCAGGCCAAGAUUGCCGAGGCCGCCGGUGUAUCAAAUGCAAAAAUGUCUGGGUCUGGACAAAUGCAACUUGUGAUGCUGCAUUUGGAUGUCUAAAAAAUUUAUGUUGCAUGAGCAGCAAAAGACUUCUAAUUUUUGCUACGCGGAGAGGGCAUUUGUCAGGCGGAAUAGUCAUUACUUAAGAAUCCCUCAAAAAGAAAAAACCUGUGACGCUAGGGCAUGCAUCACAGACAUCAUGGCUCAUGCAAACCGUGCAUGACAAGUCUGGUCUCAGAAUCUUUCAGACCCAGACACUUUUGCAUUUGAUACGGUGCCUGCGCGGUGAUGGCGUUGGAGCGGAUUCCGGCGGAUAUUCGCAAGGACCAGGGGGUGGCCCGAGCGUCAGAUCCGAAGAUGAUCAAGGAUAUCAUAGCGGCGGUCAGCAUUCCCGUCAUGGCCAAGGUGCGCAUCGGCCACUUCGUGGAGGCACAGGUUUUGGAAGCCAUCGGAGUGGACUACGUCGACGAAUCGGAAGUCUUAACCAUUGCCGACGUCGACCACCACAUCGAUAAGACCAAGUACAGAGAAGUUAUCUGGCGGCUACUUGUUUUUCAAAAUCUGUUAGUUGUGCAGCUGUCGUUUUCCUCUUGUUUCUUCCACCUUAACAUUGUCUUGGUCUGGUCACGAUUUUUUUUUUGUUGCUGCGACCACAUCGGACGACCUCUGUGGUCUACUCACUUUAGUUUUAAAAGCAUUAUGUGAUGAUAAGUAUUUCGAUUCGAUUCGUGAAGCAAGAAUUAUCUCAGCUCAUCUUCAUCAUGCGUUCCUUGUUACAACUACAGGUUCACUACCCCCUUCGUAUGCGGGUGUCGCAAUCUGGGCGAAGCGCUGCGACGCAUCUCAGAGGGCGCCUCCAUGAUUCGGACCAAGGGCGAGGCCGGCACUGGCGACGUGGUGGAAGCGGUGCGGCACAUCCGGACGCUGCACCGAGAAAUUCGGCAGUUGCAGGCCCUUAAUGACGAUGAGGUGUACCAUUUUGGCAAGACGCACGGCGCAGACGUGUCCCUCCUGAAGCAGGUACUACCGAAGCUUAUUAAGCUUAAGCUUUACUUUGUUGAAUUCUGCCAAGUGAAAAUUAAUUGUAGCAGACGUCAUCGCCCACGCCCUGAUUUUGAGCAGAAGCCGAGUCCGAGGCUCGUAGUACUUUCAGUAAGGUAGAAGUAAGUGUCGCGUUCCACCCGGCGUUUUGACGCCACUGAGUCUGGCGCUCUCAAUGCAGUGUUGUUCGCUUGCAUUUUCGUCAUCCGAGCUUUUGAAGAAGUUCUGCCUUUCGUUGUAUACUUGAUGCCUCGUCUCCUGUUCGGAACAACGAAUGAAGUGCCUAAUUGAACCCGAUGAAUAAAGGUGCGCAAGCUCGGCAGAUUACCGGUGGUGAAUUUCGCGGCGGGAGGUGUCGCGACCCCGGCCGACGCGGCGCUGUGCAUGCAACUGGGGGUGGACGGCGUCUUCGUCGGGUCCGGCAUUUUCAAGUCUACCGAUCCGGCGCCCCGGGCGCGCGCAAUCGUGGAGGCGGUCACGCACUACAAGGACCCCAAAGUGUUAGCCAAGGUUUCCGAGGGGCUGGGCACGCCGAUGACCGGUAUUGGCUGCGACCACCUGAGCACGCACUGGGCCAAGCGCGAGUCAGGAAACCUGGAGGAACACCAGGGCGGGCACAGCGGACCGGCACUGAAAAAGAUGAAGGGCACCGAGCUCGAAGCCGCGGUAGCCGGCGCCUUGCGCGCGCACGGAGCCUGAGUCAUGCACGCAUCCUUUUGGUGUCAAAAAUGAUGAAAAUAAAGCGAGUAUAAAGAAAUGAGCAAUGUGUGAGUGUAUUCAUGUUACUUCUUACCACUACUCAAGAAAGUGCUGUCUACCCGUUUUUCGCGAGAUGGAUUUUUUUGUUUUUUUUUGCCACACAAAAAACAGAAGAUGUCUUUUCUUUUCAUAUAAUCUGCGUUCUUCCGCUGCAAAUAGUAGUUCCAUGAAUCUAGUAUUUCUUCCAUGAUCAUGUCGAACGUGAACAUCGCCAUCGCGUACUACCCUACCUAGAUGUUUGAAUCUAAGUCAUGACAUUGCAGUGCACUUUUUUUGGUUGAGCAUUUCUUGCAUGAUGUCAACGUGUAAAGUCCUCAUGAUGGCGAUUUUUUACCACUCGCUGCGACAAGAACUCCGCCCAGCAACGGAAACGAAUGUUUUAAAAUGCGAAUCAAACAAUUAUUGCAAACUCAAAAAUCUCCGCGUGAACCCAUCGACUUCAGGCGACCGUGCUCUAUCGGUCGAAAUAUUUUUACGACCUCGAAAUAGCCAGACGGCGAUUCAUAGGUACAAUAAGUUGAACGAAUGCGAAGAUCUCUAUCUUCGAUUUGAGCACGGCUUCCCUCGUGGAAGCGCGUGAAGCAGCAAAGUUUCGACGCGUUCAUCUUCCCGGCUGAUUUUAUGUUGUCGUUGUUUCCGGUGAAACUGAAUGAUUCUCUUCCUCUUCGAGCGAAUUGGAGAUGUUCGUUGAGUGGAUGCACUAGCAGUUUAGCGAAGUAAAACUGUAGCGGCUGCGACCGGGGCCGGCGAUACAACGAGGC